AUUCAAAAUCAUGUGAUUAAUUAAAUCUGUAGGAUUUCGGGAGUUCAGGAUUUUUUUUAACCUUAGGACGCUUUUUGUCCGUGCGGCAGCGUUAUCACUACAUCUCCCAUGAUGCGCUACGGCAAAUCAAGCCGCUGCGCAUUAAUCGCAUUUAACCUAACACUCGAGCAGAAGCGGGAAGCGCGCGGAGACUAGCGCGAAAUUAUCCGGAAGUUUGGUUCUCAUCUUUCGAAAGAAAAUCGGAGUCGGACAACUUUUCGGAGAAGAUUAGUUUUUGGUCCACUCGAGUCUGUGCUUAAAUCAGAAAAGCUUUUAUCAGCACCAUAAACGCGAGAUUAAAGUAAAAUACGAUUGAAUAAACUAACCUAACAGUUUAAAUGCGUAUUUAACACAUUUAUUGUGAAAUCCAUGACAGGAAGCGUCGAAGUGUUCGUUCACUUGACAUUGAUCCCGAAUUCCCGUUAAUUUCACAAUUUUCCUUCACCGUUUCUCUCUUUUCCGGUUGUUUGUGCUAGGAGGUUCUACCGGACUGAAGCGUCUCCCCGCCGCCUCGCAUGGGCGGAGGCGGACCGGACGGACGGUCUGAAGUGGACUCACCGACCGGACGGCGAAACCAGAGAAGGGAUUUUCUGCCAAGCGCUUCGUUUGUGGAUUUACAAACGAUUUGAUUCAGUUUUUUUUAAACCACACAACCCGGACCUGAGUUUGUACAACGGUCCAAUCUCAGCUCUAAUUUUCUAGAUCAAUGUGUUUUGACCCGGCUCAUUCAUUCAUCCGCGCCCCGCCGAUGCCCUGGGUCGUAGCUUUCACACUGGACGUUCCGGUGUGGAUCGUUAGUUCGGAGUAAGCAUUCGAGUGGGUUCUGCAGUAGCACUUAAAGGUUCGGCUAUGAAACUGUGAAACGGUGGAAACAUUUCAGUGGCAGCAUCAUAAAAACUAGAUUUAUCAGAAGGAACAACCUGGUUCCGGUCGACAUUUAAGUCUCUGCAGUCGACAGCAGUAGAACUCCUGAUUCUCAGCAGCGUAUAAAUGCAACGCAUGACAUUUAAACGUCCCCAAAACAAGUGAUAGUUGAAAAGUAUAACUGAAUGUUUGGACGCUAGUGAGCUUGUGUGUAUGACAUCAUAGCAGCCUAUACGUCAUAAACGAAGUCAUCACGUCAUGUCACACCCUUCAAGAAUAAAACAACCCUCUCUUGAAACCUCCACUGUGCUGUAAAUGUCAUUCCUCCAGGAGAUAAUUUGUGGGAGUUAUUUGUUUUAUGGUGAUUUUACUUUAGUUAUUUAAUAAGAUUCAUAUUUCUGUGAUGUCUGUGAUUCUGCGUGUAAAACAACACAGGCUUUUGUCAUAUUAGCUUGACUUCUGGAAAGACUUAAUGGUCAGUGUUGGGUGCUGUCAAAGCCCUUAGUUUGGUUUGACAUCGAAUUUUAACUUCAUACUUCAUCCUUUUGAAUAGCAAAUGUUAAAGUAUUUUUCUCUAACUAAAACGUUUGUUUGAGCAUUUUUUGUGAAUGCUUUGAACAUAGAUUCUCCUGAAACGAGCACAGUCACCUUAGAAGGCACUGAACACAAUCCAGGAUCUUUUCAUGCAGGUGAAGAAAGCCGAGUGGCGUACAAUUGUAAAGGGAACAUUACAAAUAUGUUGCUGCAUUAAAUCAACAAUUGGUACCUGCGUCCAAGCAUUUAACGUAGUUAACGUAGUAGUUGUGUUAUUAAAUACUUACCUUUGUUAUUAGCUUGACACUCACAGGCUACAGGAUGGAAUCAUGCCAAAUCUAGUUCCUUUGCUAAAGACUAAUCUAACAGAUUCCCACAACCUUUAAGACCCGCAGCUGGUGUUUUAGACACAGAUUGGGCUCUUUCUUUACCUGUGCAGAGUGUUUUCAAAUGCUCCAUCGGUAUUUUGCCAGACGAACAGGCUCAGAACUGAUCGGAAAUUCAAAUCCAAAAGGAGCGCACAUUAGAUUCCUCUUUCUCAUUGGACAUUUGUGAAAGAACAUGUCGGAUAAGACGGCGCCGCGCUGCCAGCUCAGGCUGGAGUGGAUCCAUGGCUACCGAGGCCACCAGUGUCGGAACAACCUGUACUACACUGCAGGGAAGGAGGUGGUGUACUUUGUGGCUGGAGUGGGUGUGGUGUACAACACCCGAGAACACACCCAGAAGUUCUACCUGGGACACAACGAUGACAUCAUCAGUCUGGCGAUCCAUCCGGAUAAGAUCCAAGUGGCGACGGGUCAGGUGGGGCAGGACCCGUAUGUCUGUGUUUGGGACACCUAUGCAAUGCAGACUGUGUCCAUUCUGAGGGACGUUCACACACAUGGAAUAGCCUGUCUCAGCUUUGACUGCGAUGGACAGCGGCUGGUGUCAGUCGGUCUGGACGCUAAGAACACGGUGUGUGUCUGGGACUGGCGGAAGGGACGACUCCUUGCUACAGCAACCGGACACUCGGACAGAAUCUUUGACGUGACCUGGGAUCCGUUUCAGUCCAACAGGCUAGUCAGCUGUGGAGUCAAGCAUAUAAAGUUCUGGACUCUGUGUGGAAAUGCCCUGACUCCAAAGAGGGGGAUAUUUGGGAAGACGGGCGACCUGCAGACCAUCCUGUGUGUUUCUGCAGCAAAAGAUGAGUUGACGUACUCUGGGGCUCUGAACGGAGAUGUAUGCGUGUGGAAAGGAAUCAGCCUUGCUAGGACUGUGCAGGCUGCCCACGGGGCGGGGAUCUUCAGCAUGCACGCCUGUGAGGAAGGGUUUGCCACUGGGGGACGAGACGGCUGCAUCAGACUGUGGGAUGUUGACUUUAAACCCAUCACCAAGAUUGACCUGAGAGAGGCCGAGCAAGGAUAUAAAGGCCUCUCCAUCCGCAGUGUCUGCUGGAAAGCCGACCGAAUCCUAGCAGGGACUCAGGACAGUGAGAUCUUUGAGGUGAUGGUUCGAGAUCGGGACAAACCAGUUCUACUGAUGCAGGGUCACAGUGAGGGUGAGCUGUGGGCACUGGCCGUACACCCCAAACAGCCAGUGGCUGUAACCGGGAGCGACGACCGCUCUGUCAGGCUGUGGAGUCUUGCUGACCACACUCUGCUGGCUCGCUGUAACAUGGAGGAAUCAGUCCGCAGUGUCUCCUUCAACAACGAUGGCUUACAGCUUGCUCUGGGGAUGAAGGAUGGCUCCUUCACCGUGCUGCGGGUCAGAGAUAUGACGGAGGUUGUGCACAUCAAAGACAGAAAGGAGGUGAUCCAUGAGCUGAAGUUUUCUCCUGAUGGCUCCUUCCUAGCAGUGGGAUCCAAUGACGGCAUUGUGGACGUGUAUGCUGUGGCCCAGCGCUACAAAAAGGUGGGCGAGUGCAGCUGCUCCACCUCCUUCAUUACGCACCUGGACUGGUCAGUCGACAGCCGCUUCCUGCAGACCAAUGAUGGUGCUGGAGAGCGACUCUUCUACAGGAUGCCAGUGGGGAAGAUGGUUCCUAAAGAGGAGGUAAAGGGAAUUCAUUGGAUGACCUGGACUGGUGUUAUUGGACCUGAGGUGAACGGCAUCUGGACCAAAUAUUCCAAUUCGACCAAUGUGAACUCUUUGGAUACCAACCACAGCAGCGCGGUCCUGGUGAGCGGAGAUGACCUCGGACUGGUCAAACUCUUCAGAUUUCCGUGUUUGAAGAAAGGAGCCAAAUUCAAAAAAUACAUUGGUCACUCUGCUCAUGUAACCAACGUUCGGUGGUCCAAUGACCUGCAGUGGGUCAUUAGCACAGGUGGUGCGGACCAUGCUGUGUUUCAGUGGAGGUUCCUGCCUGAGGGCGUGAUGAACGGCGUCCUGGAGCCCCUCCUUCAGGAGGGUUACGCCGAUUCAAACAGCGGGGAGUCGGACUCUGAUGUGUCAGACGUGCCAGAACUCGAUUCUGACAUUGAACAGGAAUCUCAGAUCAGCUAUGAGCGUCAGGUAUACAAGGAAGAUUUGCCUCAGCUAAGGAAGAAACUGACGGGUUCUCUGAAACGGCACAAGGCACCAAAUGAAGGACUUCGUCUGCAGUUUGUUCACGGGUAUCGGGGUUUUGACUGCCGUAACAACCUGUUCUACACUCAGGCGGGGGAGGUGGUGUACCAUGUGGCGGCUGUGGCCGUUGUCUACAACCGGCUACAGCACACUCAGAGGAUUUACCUUGGUCAUGAUGACGACAUCCUCAGCCUCACUGUCCACCCGCUCAAAGAUUAUGCAGCCACGGCACAGGUGGGCAGAGACCCAGCCAUCCAUGUUUGGGAAAUCCAGACUCUAAAGUGUCUGUCGCUGCUGAAGGGUCACCAUAGCACAGGAGUGUGUGCCGUGGACUUCACAGCGGAUGGGAAGAGUUUGAUUUCAGUGGGAAUAGAUGAAUUUCACUCCAUCGUCAUCUGGGACUGGAAAAAAGGAGAGCGUCUGGCUAAGGCCAGGGGUCAUAAAGACAAAAUCUUUGUGGUGAAGAGCAAUCCUUUCCGAAUGGACAAGCUGGUGACAGUGGGCAUGAAACACAUCAAGUUUUGGCAGCACUCAGGUGGCGGUCUCACCUUUAAACGGGGGAUUUUUGGGAACCUGGGGAGGCAGGAGACCAUGAUGUCUGUGUGCUACGGCCGAUCCGAGGACCUGGUCUUCUCUGGGGCCAUGAAUGGAGAUGUUUACAUCUGGAGAGAAACAACACUCAUCAAGACUGUCAAAGCCCAUGACGGCCCUGUGUUUGCCAUGUGCUCUCUAGACAAGGGCUUUGUGACGGGUGGUAAAGACGGAAUAGUUGAGCUCUGGGACGACAUGUUUGAAAGAUGUUUGAAGACUUAUGCCAUAAAAAGAGCUGCUCUGUCCCCAUUGUCCAAAGGGCUGCUCCUGGAGGACAACCCGUCAAUUAGAGCCAUCACUCUGGGACACGCUCACAUCCUGCUGGGAACAAAGAAUGGAGAAAUUCUGGAAAUUGACAAGAGUGGACCUGUGACUCUACUGGUUCAGGGCCACAUGGAGGGGGAGGUGUGGGGUCUGGCAGCUCACCCUCUACUACCCGUCUGUGCUACAGUCAGUGAUGACAAAACUCUGAGGAUUUGGGAGCUGUCAGUGAAUCACCGCAUGGUCGCUGUCCGCAAACUCAAGAAAGGUGGACGGUGCUGUGCCUUUUCUCCAGAUGGUAAAGCUCUGGCCGUUGGCCUCAACGAUGGAAGCUUUCUAGUGGUGAACGCCGACACUCUAGAGGAUAUGGUGACCUUUCACCACCGAAGAGAGCUCAUCUCUGACAUCCGCUUCUCUCAAGACACAGGGAAGUACCUGGCUGUGGCAUCAUACGAUUCCUUCGUGGACAUUUAUAACGUCUUGACCAGUAAGAGAGUUGGCAUCUGUAAAGGAGCUGGCAGCUACAUCACCCACAUCGACUGGGACUCUAGAGGGAAAUUGCUGCAGGUAAACACUGGAGCUAGAGAUCAGCUUUUCUUUGAGGCUCCACGAGGACGCAAACAGAACAUCAGCAUGGCCGAGUUUGAGAAGCUGGACUGGGCGACCUGGUCAUCAGUCCUUGGUCCCACUUGUGAGGGAAUAUGGCCGACACUCAGCUUCGUUAACGCUGCCUCACUCACCAAGGAUCACAAACUGCUUGCCACUGGAGACGAUUUUGGUUUCCUGAAAUUGUUCAGCUUUCCAUCGAGGGGCCAGUUUGCGAAGUAUAAAAAGUAUGUUGGCCAUAGCACCAAUGUGACAAACGUCCGUUGGUCCAGUGAUGACUCCAUGUUGCUGUCAGUGGGCGGGGCGGACACAGCGCUCAUGAUCUGGACCAGAGAGCCGCCGGGGCACAGGGAGAGUAAAGCUGUGGACAGUGAGGAGUCGGAUGACGACACAGAGGAGGAUGGAGGGUAUGACAGUGAUGUGGCUCGGGAGAAGGUGGUGGAUUACAUCACUAAGGUUUACUCUGCCAGCAUCAGGAACAUGUCAGGAACCAAACCUCACCUGCAGCACAAAGAGCUUUCUGUGGAGGAGAGGCCUCCGGUGAGUCGAGCUGCACCGCUGCCGGACAAACUGCUGAAGAACAAUGUGGCCAAGAAGAGGAAGGUGGUGGAGGAGCUGCUUCUUGAGCAUGUAUUUGGCUACAGAGGUUUUGACUGUCGCAACAACCUGCAUUACCUCAACAAUGGAGCUGACAUCAUCUUCCACAUCGCUGCUGUAGUCGUGAUCCAGAACCUGUCGGCUGGAACUCAGAGUUUCUAUCUGGAGCACACUGACGACAUCCUCUGCCUAACAGUCAACCAGCAUCCCAAAUACCAGAACAUAAUCGCUACGGGACAGAUUGGUGAUGUCAGCGACCUGCCAGGCCUCACUCCGUCCAUCCACGUGUGGGACGCCGUGACCAAACAGACGCUGUCCAUCCUUCGCUGUUCACACGCGAAAGGAAUCGGCUACGUCAACUUCAGUGCUACGGGGAAGCUACUGCUCUCUGUGGGAGUGGAGGCUGAACAAACCAUCACAGUGUGGAGAUGGCAGGAAGGCACUAAGGUGACCAGUACAGGAGGCCACGCAGAGCGGAUCUUUGUGGUGGAGUUCAGACCUGACUCUGACACCCAGUUUGUCUCUGUGGGAAUCAAGCACAUCAAGUUCUGGACUCUGGUGGGAGGUUCCCUUAUGUACAAAAAAGGAGUGAUUGGCUCGUUGGAGGACAGCCACUCGCAGACUAUGCUGUCUGUGGCCUUUGGUGCUGGCAACCUGACGUUCACUGGUGCCAUAAAUGGGGAUGUGUACGUGUGGAGAGAACACUUCCUGGUGCGGGUGGUGGCAAAGGCCCACAGUGGACCAGUCUUCAGCAUGUACACCACCCUGAGGGAUGGACUCAUUGUCACAGGGGGGAAGGAACGACCGACCAAAGAGGGAGGUGCUGUGAAGCUGUGGGACCAGGAGAUGAAGCGCUGCCGAGUGUUUCAGCUAGAGACUGGUCAACCUGUGGAGAAUGUCCGAUCUGUGUGCAGAGGGAAGGGGAAGAUCUUGGUUGGAACCAAAGAUGGAGAGAUCAUAGAGGUGGGAGAAAAGAACGCUGCAUCCAACAUGAUGAUGAACGGACACACUCAGGGAGGCAUCUGGGGCUUGGCAGCUCACCCCUUCAAAGACGUCUGUAUUUCUGCCAGUGAUGAUGGGACGAUCCGAAUAUGGGACCUGGCUGAUAAGAAACUCCUGAACAAGGUGAGUUUGGGUCAUCCUGCCAAGUGUACUUCCUAUAGUCCCAAUGGAGAGAUGCUUUCCAUUGGCAUGGAGAACGGAGAGUUCAUUGUGCUGCUGGUGAACUCUCUCGCUGUGUGGGGGAAGAAGAGAGACCGCAGCGCCGCCAUCCAGGACGUUAGGUUCAGCCCAGACAAUUGUUUCCUGGCAGUGGGAUCAGUUGAAGGUGCUGUGGACUUCUACGACCUGUCUCUGGGGCCUUCGCUCAACAGGAUCGGUUACUGUAAGGACAUCCCUGGCUUCGUCAUCCACAUGGACUUUUCUGCUGACAGCAAACACAUCCAGGUGUCCAGCAGCACCUACACCCGUCAGGUGCAUGAAGUUCCCUCAGGAAGGGUUGUAACGGAGCUGUGCAUCAUUGAGAGGAUCACCUGGGCUACCUGGACGAGUGUUUUGGGUGACGAGGUUCUGGGUGUUUGGCCUCGAAACGCAGAGAAGGCUGACGUUAACUGCGCAUGUGUGUCUCACGCCGGCCUCAGCCUCGUGACCGGAGACGACUUCGGCCUUGUUAAGCUCUUCGACUUCCCCUGCUCAGAGAAGUUUGCGAAACACAAGCGUUACUUUGGUCACUCUGCUCACGUGACCAACAUCCGCUUCUCCUGUGAUGACAAGUACGUCAUCAGCACCGGAGGCAGCGACUGCAGUUUGUUCGUGUGGAAAUGCCAGUGAGCUCCAUCCAGAGCCCAGCUGGUUCCGGCUUCCCGGUGGAUCGGACCCGUGCAGUUCCUGCUGCUGGAUGUACUUGUGCUGUUGUACUGUGAUGUAGUGGUUUGUUGUGAACGCAGGUGUUUUGUGUUUCUGUGAUGACUCGUGUUUUGUGACUGGCGGUGGUCGUAGCAGUUUGGUGCCUUCUCACUGACUCCGACCAGAGGUCCAGCUUUAUUUACAGCGUUGGUGCUACAGUAGGAAACAUGGACAUUUAGGGCUUUUGUAUCAUGUGUCAGAUGAUGUUUAUGUGGCUGAGGUAGAAGCACUUAAGAAGAAAUUAGUUUGAUCCCAGUCAUUAAAGGUGUAAAAAAAAUCUACCUCAGGACGCAACAUCUAAAUAAUACAAAAUAAUAUUUAGUGUUGAAACUAGAUUUAGUGGACAAUUUUCUUCUUUGCUGUUUCUCUGUUGGUAGAAAUAAAAGGUGAAACUGAAAA